GCGCACCUGUCUACAAGACAUUAUGAGCCGAGACACGUCUACUCUCAAGAAAAAGAUUAAUUAAGAGAAAUUCAGCAAAGGCUGUGGAAGCUUCAGAUGGCAGAGUUUGACAGCGAGCUCUUCUCUGAACAGGAGCUCACUUGUUCCAUCUGCUUGGAUCUCUUCAAUGAGCCUGUCUCCACGCCAUGCGGCCACAACUUCUGCCAGAGCUGUAUUGGUGGGUACUGGGCUUCCAGCUCACUUUGCACCUGUCCGCUGUGCAAGCGGCCAUUUGAAGAACGACCUGAAUUGAGCAUAAACCGCGUGUUUGCCCACAUUGCCCAAAAAUACAAAGAAAUGCGCUACGGUGGUCCUCCUCAAGUGAAGCCACGGCAGAAAGCAGUUAUUAGCGGAACUUUACCUGCUAAUGCCAAGCAGCUGAUUUUAUGUGACGUCUGCAGUGGCAAGAAAGAGAAAGCCGUAAGUUCUUGUCUUACUUGCACUGCGUCAUACUGUGAGAUUCAUGUGCUACCACAUCGACAGACAUCAUUCUAUGCAUCUCAUCGGCUACUAGAUCCGCAGGAAGCCCUGCGAGGUCGCACUUGCCAGGAACAUGGCCGGCUGUUGGAGGUUUAUUGUCGUUCAGAUCAGAAGUGUAUUUGUGCGAUCUGUGUGCUAGAGGAGCAUCGCACACACUCUACGGUCUCAGUGCAGACGGAGCGUGCUUUCAAACAGAGAUUUCUGGGAAAAACAGAACUGAACAUUCAGACCAGUAUCGACAGAAGAAGCCUUCAGCUGACUGAGUUGAAGAACAAACUACACACUCUGCAGAUUCAGACUCAGGCAGAGCUGUCCGAGGUGGAGCAAGUCCUGUCUGAUGUUGCAAACUCUGUGGAUCGGAUCCGCAGUGAGCUGGUGGGUGGGAUUGAGGAGAAGCGAGAGGCUGUGAUUGGUCGAGGACAGAGGAUUGUCUCCCAGCUUGAGUCAAAGUUAACACAGCUGCAGGAGCGCAGAGGCCGACUGGAAGAGCAGGCUGUUUCAGACGACCACAUCACCUUCCUUCAGAGUUUUGAAGAGCUCAGCAGUCCGCUGCAGGAUAUGGAGACACAGGAGGAGGCAGAGUUGAAUCUGACACUGCAAUUCUCUCUUGGGGAGGUGAAAACGGCUUUAGGAGACAUCCGUGAAAGGCUGGAUGACAUACGACUAGGGGAAGUGCAUUAUAGGCACUCAGUGUCGACAUUAGCAGAGAGUGAGAGUAUGUUGAGUGUUCGCACUAUGAGAAGAAAGGAGUGGUCACUGAAAGAUCUACGGAAAAUAAAAAUAGGCCACAAAAAGGUUAAAGGCUAUCUUGAGAACAUAACACUGAAUCCAGUCACAGCUUACCCCUUCCUCAUCCUCUCAGACGACAGGAAACAACUGAAACGGGGCGACAAACUGCAGUUCUAUAGGAACAGCACCCAACGCUUUGACGUGUGGUCCUGUGUGCUUGCAAAAGAGGCCUUUGAAUCUGGAAGACACUACUGGGAGGUAAACGUUGGUGAAAAUAAGGACUGGAAGCUGGGAGUGGUGCGUGAAUCAUCCCAGAGGAAGGGCCUCUUUGAUAUGAGUCCUGCCAUUGGCUACUACACAUUGUGGUGGAGUGGAAACCAUUUACGAGCUUUGACCGCUCCACCACUCACUAAAGUGAAAGUCACCGGCCACCUGCAUCGCAUCGGCAUCUAUUUGGACUGUGAGGAGGGUCAGGUGGUCUUCUAUAAUGCCAAGACAGGAUCAGAGGUGUAUUCAUUUACCGCAGUAGAGUUCUCAGAGAAAAUGUUACCAUUAUUCGGCACUGGUGAUAAAGAAGUGCCGCUAGUGUUGAUGUCUCCAUUUGUCACUGUACCAGAGUGA